AUGGCAAGGUGGUGGGAAGCAGUCUGUGGGACUCGGUCCUCCAAGCGCAUCUCCAAGCUGGCCUAUCACCAGGGCGUGGUCAUCGUGACCUGCCCUGGCUGCCAGAAUCACCACAUCAUCGCCGACAACCUGGGCUGGUUCUCGGACCUGGAUGGGAAGAGGAAUAUCGAAGAAAUCCUGGCGGCCAAAGGGGAGAAGGUGUGCCGAGUGGCUGGCGAUGGGGCCCUAGAGCUGGUUUUAGAGGCUGCAGGGAACCCCAAAUCCACCUCUGCUUCAGAAGCGAGUGAGGACCAGGAUCCCACUCACCCUGGCAAGACGGAGCCUAGCUGACCCUGCCUCUGCCUUCAAGAAGAUGCUUCAGCCCUGGGCCCUUCCGGACUUGCCUGUUUUCU